GGCGGCAGGGCCGGGGCCGCGCAGGGCGGGCGCGCGGGGCCCGCGGUCAUGGAGGGGCCCCCGGGGGCCCGCAGCCCGGGAGCCCCCGCGGGCCGAGGCGCGCGCGGCCCGGGCCAGCAGCCGGGGGCGCCGGGGCCGGGGCGCCGCGGUGGCCGCCGGUGAUGGACCGCGCCGGGGACGCGCAGGACUCGCCGCCGCAGGUGCUCUCCUCACCCGGCUCCUGACCGCCCUCCACAGCCCCGCACCCCGCCGGCCCUGCAGACCUGCUUCGGCAAUGGGGAAUGAGGAGCUGUGGGCCCAGCCAGCUGUGGAGAUGCCGAAGAGACGGGACAUCCUGGCCGUCGUCCUCAUCGUCCUCCCCUGGACACUGCUCAUCACCGUGUGGCACCAGAGCACCAUCGCGCCACUGCUGGCUGGACACAGGGGUGACGCGGGCGAUCCCCGCCGCGACGUGCCCCCAGGAGCGGACCCCAGGGAGUACUGCAUGUCGGACCGCGACAUCGUGGAGGUGGUGCGCACCGAGUACGUGUACACACGGCCCCCGCCCUGGUCGGACACGCUGCCCACCAUCCACGUGGUGACGCCCACCUACAGCCGCCCGGUGCAGAAGGCGGAGCUGACGCGCAUGGCGCACACGCUCCUGCACGUGCCCAACGUCCACUGGCUGGUGGUGGAGGACGCGCCGCGCCGCACCGCGCUGACCGCGCGCCUCCUGCGCGACACGGGCCUCAACUACACGCACCUGCACGUGGAGACGCCGCGCAACUACAAGCUGCACGGGGACACGCACGACCCGCGCAUCCCGCGCGGCACCAUGCAGCGCAACCUGGCGCUGCGCUGGCUGCGGGAGACGUUCCCGCGCAACGCCAGCCAGCCCGGGGUCGUGUACUUCGCCGACGACGACAACACCUACAGCCUGGAGCUCUUCGAGGAGAUGCGCAGCACCCGCAGGGUGUCCGUGUGGCCCGUGGCCUUCGUCGGCGGCCUCCGCUACGAGGCGCCGCGCGUGAACGGGGCGGGGAAGGUGGUCGGCUGGAAGACGGUGUUCGACCCGCACCGGCCCUUCGCCAUCGACAUGGCGGGCUUCGCCGUGAACCUGCGGCUGAUCCUGCAGCGCAGCCAGGCCUACUUCAAGCUGCGGGGCGUGAAGGGCGGCUACCAGGAGAGCAGCCUGCUGCGGGAGCUGGUCACGCUCAGCGACCUGGAGCCCAAGGCCGCCAACUGCACCAAGAUCCUGGUGUGGCACACGCGGACAGAAAAGCCCAUGCUGGUGAACGAGGGCAGAAAGGGCUUCACAGACAUCACCGUGGAGAUCUGA